AUGGGCAACUCACUGACGCACGCCGUUAACCGCGGCUCGACGGCCUUCAGUAACCAUAGCAACAACAAUAACAUAAAGUCGCGCGCCUCUACAACACCCAGAAAUCAAAAGUCACGCUAUCACUCGACACUCGUUGAUGGUGACUAUGACGACGACUAUGCCCCACCACACAAAUCGAAAACAUUGCCAGCGCGCCAUAGUCGCCGACGCCACGAACACAAUACGACAACUAAUGACAUUCACGGUCAUGGACGCAGUAAAACGCCGCCACCGUCAGCGCCGCCGAAUGGCGAAACAUCGCGUAUGCUCUUUCUACUCUAUCUGAUACAUCGCACCUGGAAUGUGGUGGUGGAGACGGUGGAUACGCGUAGCAAGCGAUCGCGACGCAGCGCACCUGCCUCGGAACGUCGUAAUAAGACGCGCUCAAACUCUCUGCAUUUGUACACGGAACGUGAGCUCAGCUGUUCGAAUAGUGAUGGCGAUUGUUCCAUACACAUCACCGAUUUGGAUGAGCCAGAGGUGGCCUCCUCUUUUUGCUGCUCACAAUAUUCCUACUGCAGCUGCAGUUAUUGCUUCGAUGCUAAUCAAAAUGUUUACAAUUCCAUUGGUGAGGGAGAGGAUUGCUCAUUGGAUUCGAUUUGCGAGCGUACUUUUUCAAAGUGUGGCAGUGACAUCUCCGCCUAUUAUCAACAGCGUUACGCGCCCACCAUACAGCAACAACUACAACAAGAGCUGCAGGAGAAGUUGCCACAGCAUAAACUCCAGCACAACAAUCGUCACCAUCAAAAGCGCAGCAAUCAUUUAAACGGUUAUUCGAUGGCGCCAAGCGUUUGUCAAAAUUCACCAAAAUUAACAGCAGCCGCUGCACAUAGUGCCACCAUGACCACCAGCACAACGAUUAUUGGUAGUGGUGGUAGUGGUGGUGGUGGUGGUGGUGUUGGUGGUGGUAUUGGUGUUGGCGGUGUAGGUGGUGUAGGCACGACAAUCUCUGCACCAUCCAUUACGCAGAAGAGCAAUUGUGGUGGCAGUAGCAUUAACGGCUCGAUGGCUUCGUAUAAAAUGUCAAGUUCGGAGAAUAGCUGGUCACAGCCGGUUUUCAAUAAGGAGAAUCAACGUCCACCGGUAUACAAUCCCGAAGACUAUGUACAGUCGCUGAAAAAAUUCGGCAAACGUCAGAGUGGUCAAACUGUGCGUUCAAUUUAUGAUAAUACAAAUGAAACAAAAACAAAUGGAAAUAAUAAAGAUGAAAAUACAAAUCACAAAUCCUCAACAUUACCACACAAGCAUGCGGAGUACAAGAGUCCGAUACCGACUGCGCCUGAAAGUGAUGGCGAGAUGUCCUUGCGGCAGUUCGCUUCGGUAACUGAUUUGCUAACUAAAUUGCGUGCAGAUUUACGUGUCUCUUUUCCAAGCUUUGUUCAAGAAUUCGUCGCCACACCCUCGGACGGCAUAAGUCUACUACUCGAAGUGCUACGCGCCAUACAACUCUCACAAAGCAGUAAUUCCGCCAUGACACCGAAUCAAAUGACAGCCUCAAUGCCACGCAAUCCGCAGUCCUAUCAGCGCCGCGCGCUGCUUGACGAGCUGGCUUGUCUUCAAUGUCUCAGCAUUUGCUGCUCACGCUCUUUGGAUGCCACCGCGCGUUUGGGCACUACGCCAGUCGGUCUCAUGCCUUUGGCUUCCUCGGCGACGGGUCAGGGCAUACGCGCACGCAUCUUGGCCAUGCAGCUGAUGUCUGCUGCUUGCGAUAAAACCGCACUGGGACAUGGCUCUCAGAAGUCAGUCACUGCUGGUCAUACGGCCGUAUCGGAGGCUAUGUCAACAUUACGUUUACGUUGCAGUGAGCCGGUACGUUUCCGCUUACUCGUUGGUAUGCUGAAUAGUGGUGGCGGCUCAGGUGAGCUGCAAGCUGUGGGCGUCAAAUUUAUUAAUUCUUUCCUGGAGAGCUCCGAGAGUCUACAGCAGCGUUUGUAUCUGCAGGCGGAAUUAUUUCAAGCCGGCUUCGAGCCAGGUUCUCUAGCAAAGACCAUAUCACCCGCUUCCUCGUGGCAUGAAAAUCUACGUAAUGAGAUCAAACGCUUUCACGAGCUAUAUGUGGACGUUGAUAAAAUGAUUAUACAGGCGCGUGAAGCGGACAGAGUGCGUAGUCAAAUGGUCAUACUGGAGCGACGCGUGCAGAUCCUACACGAAGAGAAAGCGGUGCUCACCUCCAUGGAACGGCGCCUGCAAGAACGUUGCGCUGAGUUACAGCGUGAGAUCUUCCGCCUGCAGGGCGCACAAAAUGAGAAUACCUUCAAGUCUCUAGACAAACAACCAGUAGCAUUGCCACGUCAUGUACCGCCUGGUAAAAAUGAAAGCGAACAUGAGGAUGAGGGCAUCAGUAGCUCGGAGACGGGACCAUCACUCAGCCCAGUGCCUAUAUUGGUGUUACCACAGAAAAGCAGCGCUUCCUUGCCAAGUAAGCAACAGCAUAAGAGCAAAUCCAAGUCACCAGACAAUUCAAUGGGCGAUAGUGGUGUGGCAACUGGUACCACUGCAACCACCAUUGAGGAUGUCAUGCAAGAGUUGGAUCAUGUUGUAAGUGAAGCUGAGAAGCAAAUAUCUUCCCAACAACUACAACAACAACAACACCAGCAAAUUAAACAGCAAUUGAGUGACUCAAAGACAACUAAGGAGAAGGACAUUGUGCCGGUAAACAUAGUGCCGCAACCGCCACGGAAAUCACGUUCGCUUGCGCACCUCGUCUCGCAGGCUGAUGGCUCUGAGUUGGACGGCUCCGAAUAUGGCAUGUUAAUGCUACAGAAUCACGGUGAUACCGGUGCCGUUGAGCGCGUAACAGCAUUGCAAACAUUUUUCGAUGAAACGGACUAUGAUCCGCCGGAAAUAGAAAAGCCAUAUAGUAUUGACUCGCCUGAUAUACCUGAGGUGAGUGCAAACACCACCGCAUACAAUGCGAGCACGACACGUGAACUGCUCGAUGUCAUAAUGAAUGCGCGUCACAGUGACGAUGAUCCGACAAUGAAGGCAUUUCGUGAGGCGAGCAAUCAACAGCAGCACCAACACCCACACCAACAUCAACACCAGCACCAGCAUCAUCAUCACAACAACAAUGCAACCACAUGCGUCAGUAAACGCCAGAGCAUGUCCGCCGUAGCGCCGCCACCACCACCACCUCAACUGGCGGCGAAGAAACCACAAGCGCCUGCCCAACAUUUCAACGGCGUCUUCUUUAUGACGGGCAUGAAUACACCACAAAAGUAUCCAAAACCAGAUGUGACUGCAGCGCUACAAGCGCGUCGCGUUACCAAGAAUGUUGAGCGUCUAGAAGCAGCAUUCGCAUCCACCAGCCACGAAUCAUUACUGGAUGGCGGCAGCGCAGCGCCAUUAGUGCAUCAAGUAGUGCGUGAAAAAUCUCGUAGCAAUCAACAGAUCUAUUUCGGCAGUAAUCCCGCCAUGCGCUUAAGCAGCGGCAGUAGUGGUGGAGGCGCGGCAAAUAGCGGCAACAACGUGACGGUGGUAGUGCAGCAAAGCAGCAACUCACAGGGCGGUGGCGCGCUGCGCUCGCGUUCAUGCGCGCAAGCUUCAAAGGUGACCGAUACGCUGUCGGGCUUGUACUGAAUGUGGUGGAGAGUGUUGGGUGUAGUUAAAGGAAAUUUUGGCGUAUUGUGGAGAGUGUUGGCGGCAUUUAACUAAUACUUUGAGUUAAGUCAUUGAAAUCUGUUAGAUUUUCUUAUUUGAAUUUAUGUAACGUUAAAACGAUAUUUGUUUUUAAUAUAUUCUAUUAAAAAAUUCA